GCACGUUUUUGUUUCCCGCUGCACAACGACACUGUCAUUCCAGAACGCCCAACGCGGUUGGGUCUGCCACCGCCAGCCAUGGCUAUCCAGAAAAAGCACGGCAAAGGCCGCCUCGACAAAUGGUACAAGCUCGCGAAGGAGAAGGGCUACCGGGCACGAGCGGCAUUCAAGUUGAUCCAGCUAAACAAGAAAUUCAACUUCCUCGAGAAGAGCAAGGUCCUCAUCGACCUAUGCGCCGCCCCGGGGUCAUGGUGCCAGGUCGCCGCUGAAGUUAUGCCCCCGAAUUCGCUAAUCGUCGGCGUCGACCUCGCUCCCAUAAAAGCGAUUCCGCGCGUAAUAACCUUUCAGUCGGACAUUACCACCGACAAGUGCAGGGCCACCAUCCGCCAACACCUGAAGACUUGGAAAGCAGACACGGUUCUCCAUGACGGCGCUCCCAACGUUGGUACCGCGUGGGUGCAAGACGCCUUCACGCAGGCAGAAUUGGUGCUUCAGUCUAUGAAGCUUGCCACGGAGUUUCUUGUAGAAGGUGGAAUAUUCGUCACAAAGGUGUUCCGAUCCAAGGACUACAAUGCCCUGCUGUGGGUCUUCAACCAAUUGUUCACCAAAGUUGAGGCAACGAAACCUCCGUCGUCAAGGAACGUAUCGGCCGAGAUCUUUGUUGUUUGCAGAGGAUACAAGGCACCAAAGAAUUUGGAUCAAAGAUUUUUAGACCCCCGUAGCGUGUUCGCUGAGCUCGCUGAUCCAACACCAAACAACGAGGCAAAGGUCUUUAAGCCCGAGGUGAAGAAGCGUAAGCGGGAAGGUUACGAGGAAGGCGACUGGACCCAAUUCAAGGAAGCGCCCGUCAGCGAGUUCAUCCAGACAACUGACCCCAUCGCCAUGCUUGGGAGCCUGAACAAGUUGAGCUUUGAACAGACACCUAACGGAAAUGUCGCCAUUGCCACCAUCGAUAAGCUGCCCGAGACCACUCAGGAGAUCCGGAAUUGCUGCGCGGAUUUGAAGGUCCUCGGCCGAGCCGACUUCAAACGUUUGCUGCGAUGGCGGUUGAAAGUGCGGGACAUCUUUGGCUUUUCGUCUAAGAAAAAGGAAAAGGAGGCCGCUGAAGCCGCGGAAGCGGAAGAGGUUGCGGAGGUCGAGUCAAUGGACGACGAGAUGAAAGUGCUAGAGGAGAUGGAGCGCCUCGAAGAGCAGGAUUCGCGGAAGAAGAAAAAGCAGAGGCGCCAGGAAAAUGAAAAGAAGCAAAAAGAGAUCAUCAGGAUGCAGAUGAACAUGACUACGCCCUUCGAGAUCGGAUUGGAACAGGCAGGCCCCCAAGGAGAUGAAUCUAUGUUCGCGCUGAAGGCGAUCGACAAGGCGGGAGCAUUGCCGAAGAUCGCGCGGGGCAAAAUGGCCACGAUCGUAGAACGAGAGAAGUCCGAUGAGUCGAGCGACGAACAAGAGGAGACGACCGACGAAGAGGAGGAUGAUCUAGAACGCGAAUUAGACCACAUGUACGAGACAUUUGUGGAAGAGAAAUCCGCAAAGGAUGCUAAAUGGCGAGCAAAGCGAGCCAGGAAGGAGGAUGAAGAUGGGGAAUGGCAUGGAUUUUCCGACUCAGCCAAGGACGACAGCAGCGACGAGGAGCUAGUGGAGGACGACGACAGUGAUACUGACGACGAAGACGCCCCGAUCGCGCUCAUCAAGGACCUCGACGGAGAAGGGAGCACAAGCAGUGGUCUCACCAAACGCGCCAGCAGAUUCUUUGACCAGGACAUUUUCAAAUCUAUAGAUGGCCUGGAUGGUCUGGACGAAGAUAAUGAAGACAGCGGCAUCGACGUGGAAGGCGAAGUCGAGGAGACACCACCAGUCAAACUAGUGCAACAAGGGCCGGCCAAGAAAUCGAAGGUCCCCUCACCUCCAGCCGAAGAUUCUGACGAUCCUUCCGAAGAGACAGAGGGAGAAGACGGCAUUGAAGAGGUAAAGCGCGACGAGUCACAGUGGGAGCAAGACGACACUCCGAUGAAGAACGGUCGUCCAGACAUAGACAUAAUCACCGCGGAGGCCAUGACUCUCGCUCACUCGCUAGCAACAGGAGCAAAGACGAAAGCCGAACUCCUCGACGACUCGUUCAAUCGGUACUCCCUCCGCGACAAGGAAGGCCUACCCGACUGGUUCCUCGACGACGAAAACAGGCACUCCAAACCGCAACGCCCUAUUACCGCAGCAGCUGCUGCAGCAAUCAAAGAGAAGAUGCGCGCCUUCAACGCCCGCCCCAUCAAGAAAGUGCGCGAAGCUAAAGCGCGCAAGAAAUUCAAGGCGGCGCAGAGGCUCGAGAAGCUGAAGAAGAAGAGUGCGCUGCUGGCGGAUGAAGAUGGUAUGACGGAGAAGGAGAAGGCGCAGCAGAUUGCGCGGUUGAUGAGCAGGGCGGCGAAGAAGAAGCCGAAGCGCAAGGUGCAGGUUGUUGUUGCUAGAGGCGGGAACAAUGGUAUCAAGGGCAGGCCAAGGGGAACGAAGGGCAAGUACAAAAUGGUGGAUAAGAGGUUGAAGAAGGAUGUCCGCGCGGAGAAGCGGUUGAAGAAAAAGAGCAAGUGAGAUAUGGUAAAUGUCCACUGGAUCAAUGAAACUUUCGAGCUGAGGCUCUAUGACACUGGUCGCUCCUUUUGAUUGCAGAGGUCUUCAGCUAUCAUGGUCCCGGUGCUUCACCCACUCGACCGCCAUCCGCUACGGACUAGGACUUCGACUCUUUCCAGCAACCUCGCCAUGCCGUCCGUCUGAUCGGUUCCCGGUGUCCCAUUCAGCAGGACCGUGUAUCUGGACAUAUCCGUAGCCGUCAAGAGCCGGUCAUCGUAAUACUGCUCAUUGGCAUUGAUGACGGGAUUGGCCGAGGAGAGACGAGAGGACUGCGCUGAUUCGUACCUUG